AUGAAGCCGAUAAUGUGUCAUCUGAAUUACUAACCAGUCACUUCUUUGAAGGCUCAGAACCUGGAUUUCGAUCUUCUGGAACUGGAGAAGAUUAAUUUCUCAGUUAAGAGAGAACAUAUGGUUGUCCAACUCAACAAAGAAUAAGAAAUAAGUACUCCAACCUUCAAAUAUAAACACAAUAAAAUUUAAGGUCCUGGGAAAUAAAUCAGAAAUAAGUUUCGCCACUUAUCAUCCGUUUCCCCAAAAAAAUUAAUUAAAUCAACUCGAAAUAUAUCUACUUCACAAAAAGAGCCAUUAAACGAUCUAAAAAAUUGA